AUGACGAACAAAAUAGAUGUGGAAGAUGUGCUUUCAAAGCUUGACAAUGUGGAGAAGGUUUCUCUCUUAUCAGGUGUCGACUGGUGGCAUACAACUGCCAUCCCCAAGUACAAUGUACCUUCAAUUCGUGUAUCAGAUGGUCCCAAUGGCGUGCGCGGUACUCGGUUUUUCAAUGGCAUCACGGCAGCUUGUUUCCCGUGCGGCACCGCUCUCGCUGCGACAUGGGAUACUAAACUCCUCCAUCGCGCAGGUGUCUUGAUGGGACAGGAAGCGAAAGCAAAAGGUGUACAUGUGAUUCUUGGUCCAACCAUCAAUAUGCAGAGGUCACCUUUGGGAGGUCGUGGUUUUGAAUCAUUCAGUGAGGAUCCUGUAUUGUCUGGAUUGGGUGCUGCUGCACUUGUGAAUGGGAUUCAAGAGACAGGUGUUCAAGCUACGAUUAAACACUUUGUGUGUAAUGAUCAGGAACAUAAUAGGAAUGGUGUUAAUGUUAUAAUCACGGAAAGAGCAUUGAGGGAGAUAUAUUUACUACCAUUUCAAUUGGUGGUUAGGGAUUCAAAGCCAGGAUUGUUCAUGACAGCUUACAACAAAGUUAAUGGAACACAUGUUAGUGAGAAUCCUAGGAUUUUGAAGGACAUCUUACGCGGAGAAUGGGGUUGGGAAGGAUGUAUCAUGAGCGAUUGGUGGGGCACAUAUUCGACUACAGGCGCGAUCAAUGCUGGCUUGGACUUAGAAAUGCCAGGCGCGACGAAAUGGAGAGGUGCAAACUUAAUACAAGCUGUCAGCGUAGGGAAGGUACCUCAACAUGUUCUUGACGAGAGAGCUAGGAACAUCCUCAAGCUUGUCAAUCGCGUUGCAGAUGCAAAUAUCCCGGAGAAGGCAGAAGAGAAGACCGCGGAUACUCCAGAGACAGCUGCCCUUUUGAGAGAAAUUGGAGGUGACUCGAUCGUAUUAAUGAAAAAUGAGGGUGGCGUAUUGCCAUUCCGGAAAGACAAAAAGACUUUGAUCGUUGGUCCCAAUGCUAAGAUUGCUACUUAUCACGGGGGUGGCUCGGCAUCCCUGGCAGCAUACUAUGCAGUCACACCGUUUGAUGGUAUUAGUGCUCAGCUGGAAACAGUCCCAUCAUAUACUAUAGGAGCAUAUGCACACAGGGACCUCCCAUUGCUCGGUCUUCUUCUCAAGACAGACAAGGGAGAAACAGGUGUCUCGUUCAGAGCAUAUAACGACCCCCCAACGACUAAAAAUCGAGAACUUGCCGACGAAAUAACCCUUACAAAGACGGAACUUCUAAUGAUGGAUUACUACUCUGAUAAACUGAAGAACGAAUUGUGGUGGGCUGAUAUCGAGGGAUAUCUGACUGCCGAAGAAGACUCUAACUUUGAGCUUGGUUUAGGGGUAUACGGGACUGCAAAUCUGUAUGUGGACGGCAAAUUACUAAUCGACAAUUCAACAAAACAGACUAGAGGAACUAUGUUCUUCUCAUGUGGUACAGUUGAAGAGAGAGGAGUUGUGUCGCUGAAGAAAGGACAAACGUAUCAUAUCAAAGUUGAGUUUGCCAGUGCGCCGAGUUGCAAGCUGGAUCAAGGAAGUAACGUGUUAUUCGGUCCUGGAGCGAUCAGAAUUGGAGGUGCAAAAAUCAUUGACGCAGAUGAGGAAAUUGCAUAUGCAGCACAAUUGGCCAAGGAAGUCGAUCAAGUCAUCAUUUGUGCCGGUCUAAACUCCGACUGGGAAGGCGAAGGAGCCGAUCGCGAAGUCUUCGGUCUCCCACUACAUCUAAACAAGUUGAUAUCGACUCUUACCCCCCUCAAUCCCAACACCGUCGUGGUCAUCCAAUCCGGAACUCCUAUCGCUCUUCCCUUCCUGUCUACAACUCCAGCUCUCCUACAAGCCUGGUAUGGAGGCAACGAGACCGGAAAUGCUAUUGCGGAUAUCAUCUUCGGCAAAACCAAUCCCUCGGCAAAAUUACCCCUAUCAUUCCCGAAGAGAAUCGAAGAUAAUCCAGCAUUCUUGAGUUUCAGAUCCGAAAGAGGCAGAGUUAUUUAUGGUGAAGAUGUGUAUAUAGGUUACAGAUGGUAUGAGGCGUUAAACUUGCCCGUCUUAUUCCCCUUCGGCCAUGGACUUAGCUACACCCAAUUCUCAAUUUUGGACUUGACAAUCGAGAAACUCGAAAAGAGCAUCAAAGUGGAAAUAAAAGUUAAAAAUACCGGAGAUAUUCCAGGAGCGGAAAUUGUUCAAGUAUAUAUCAAGCAACAAAAUCCAUCGAUCCGCAGACCGAAGAAGGAGUUGAAGGGAUUCGAAAAAGUGUUUUUGGGAGCAAAAGAGGAGAAGACCGUGCAGGUAAAUAUUGAUAUUAAAUAUGCGGCGGCAUUUUGGGAUGAGGUUAGAGAGGCGUGGAUUGUGGAGAAGGAUGGGUAUGAGGUUAUUGUGGGCAAUACUAGUGAGGAAGGGAAGGGAGAGUUGAAGGGCAUCUUUGAGGUUGAGAAGACGGAGUGGUGGAAUGGUUUCCUGGACUCGGCAGCGCAGAAAUUCGCAGGCAAUGUUCGGGAUAUGUGGCGCUCUACUGAUGGAUUGCCCCAAAACCGAAAUCUCGCUAAAUCAGAUCUCGCGACAUCCAUUUUCGCUCCAGGAGGUGAGUUGAAUCAGAUUGUAUAUUUCAACGGGACUGCUUGA